UUGCGAAAAGAAAGUCAUGUUCAAAGCAUGCAGCAGUACAGGGAGAUGUAUAAAAGAUCCGUCGAAGACCCAGAAGGUUUUUGGAAAGAAAUUGCACAACAGUUUUACUGGAAGAGUCAGCCGACCGGAAUGUUCUUGGACUACAACUUCGAUUGCAGGAAAGGACGUAUCUACAUAAAAUGGAUGGAAGGAGCACAGACAAACAUUUGUUACAACGCUGUUGACAGGCAUGUCAAAGAAGGUCGUGGAGAAAAAAUAGCAUUCUAUUGGGAAGGGAAUGACCCUGAUGACCAUGGCAAAAUCAACUUUCGGGAGCUUCAAGAUAGAGUUUGCAAAUUUGCUAAUGUUCUCAAGAAACUUGGACUUCAGAAAGGGGACCGCGUGGCAAUCUACAUGCCAAUGAUUUUGGAAUUGACUGUGGCUAUGCUGGGGUGUGCACGAUUGGGUAUUAUACAUUCUAUUGUGUUUGCUGGUUUCUCCUCGGAAUCUCUAGCAGAGCGGAUAAUAGAUGGUGGCUGUUGUGCUGUACUUACUACAGAUGGUGUGUGGAGAGGUACAAAACUAAUGAACCUCAAACAGAUUGUAGAUGAUGCCUUAGUCAUCUGUGAGAAAUCGAAUCACAGUGUGAAGAGAUGUGUCGUUGUUAAACAUCUGACAACAACUGAAGAAAUAGAUGACCAUGGUGAUAUGGAGGAUGAGCCUCCAGCAAAAAGACCUUCACGUAAACUCAAGAUCCACUGGAACAAUGAAAGAGAUGUAUGGUGGCAUAAAGAAAUGGCCUCCGCUUCAACAGAGUGUGAGCCAGAAUGGAUGGAUGCAGAAGACCAUCUCUUCAUGCUCUACACAAGUGGCUCAACAGGAAAACCCAAGGGAGUCCUCCAUACUGUGGGAGGAUACAUGUUGUAUGCUGCUUCAACAUUCAAGUAUGACUUUGAUUACCAGGAAAAUGAUAUCUACUGGUGCACAGCUGAUGUGGGGUGGAUCACUGGCCACACUUACGUCUGUUAUGGUCCACUGACCAAUGGGGCAACAAGUGUCAUAUUUGAAGGCACACCUUUUUACCCUGACCCUGGCAGGUUCUGGGCAAUCGUAGAGAAGUAUGAAAUUACAAAGUUCUACACAGCUCCAACAGCCAUCAGAGCUCUUAUGAAGUUUGGGGAUGAGUUUGUCACAAAAUAUAACCGGUCAUCCCUAAAGGUAUUGGCUACAGUAGGAGAACCAAUCAACCCUGAAGCCUGGCUGUGGUACUACAAUGUGGUGGGAGAGAAAAGAUGUGCUAUUGUUGACACCUUCUGGCAGACAGAAACAGGUGGCCACACACUAACACCUCUUCCAGGAGCCACUCCGCUCAAACCUGGAUCAGCAACUUUCCCUUUCUUUGGAAUAGUGCCAACCAUAUUAGAUGAAAAUGGCCAGGAGAUCACUGAGGCUGGUAAAGAGGGAUACUUGGUAUUCAAGCAGCCAUGGCCAGGUAUAAUGAGAACAGUUUAUGGAAAUCAUGAGAGAUUUGAGACUGUCUACUUCAAGAAAUUCCCUGGAUAUUACUGCACAGGAGAUGGUGCAAAGUUUGAUGAAGAUGGAUAUUUCUGGGUGACUGGACGCAUAGAUGAUAUGGUGAAUGUUUCAGGUCACUUGCUUAGUACAGCUGAGAUUGAGAGUGCUCUGAUAGAACAUUCGCAUGUAUCAGAGUCUGCAGUAGUAUCCCAUCCACAUGAAAUCAAGGGAGAGUGUACCUAUUGUUUUGUUACUCUCAAGGAGGGUUGUGAGUUCAGUGAAAAGUUGGUUGUGGAAUUGAAGAACAAAGUGAGGGAAAAAAUUGGACCAUUUGCAUCUCCAGACUUCGUUCAAAAUGCUCCAGGGCUUCCAAAAACUAGGUCAGGAAAAAUAAUGAGAAGAAUCCUCCGUAAAAUCGCAGUUGGUGACAAAAACGUUGGAGACAUUACAACAAUGGCAGAUGAAAGUGUUAUUGAGAAACUGUUUCAACUCCGCCCAGACCGUGCAUAAAGGAUUGUCUUCAAAAUUUAAGUACCUGUUAGAAAUGCUGUAUCAUAUCAUGACACAAAUAUGAUAUUGCCAAAACUUGAGAUUUUUAGUACUGUUUCAAUCAUGGAUAUUUUCAAUACUGUUCUAAUCAUGGAGGAAUUGUAUAAUGAUUGUAACAUGGAUAUUGUCUUUAAUCUUAGUGUAUCUUCUAAAGAGAGUGCAUUUAUAUUUUAAAACAACAUGCAUUUUGAUUGAAAUGGUAUAAUUAUCUUUUAACUUGAAGUUUAAUAUUUUUACAACAUGAAUAUAAAUGCAUUAAUAGAUAGCAGUACUAUUUGGCUUGGCCAUUUCAGCAAGCACCAAAUCUGGCAUUUUUAAGUCUACUUUCAAAAAGAAAGUGUUGAAAGACAUUUAAAAAAAUCUUUAUAUUGAGAGUUGCUGAUGGGUAUAACUAUUACAUUCUGGAAUAAGAAUGAAAACUUUUUCAGAAAAAGGUCUGAUUUUGGGAAUUUGACUUUUAUCUCAAAUAUAUUGUUCGUUUUUUGGUGCAAACUUUGAAAUGUAUCAGUAAACUCCUCUAUAAGUGUACAGGGGUAAUGAUAUUUGGUGUGAGGGUUUCUAAGGGUGUAAUUUCACACUUUGAGUCUUUAUAAACGAUUUUUGAGAAAAAAAAACUGGUUUUUGUUUCUUCCAACAUUUUAUGUGAAAUUUGAUUUAAUCAAAUCUAAUAUAAAGUUUUUGGUGCCAUCGGUGAAAGACAUUAUUUCCUGUUCAGUAUGCUGUGACAUAAAUUCCAGUCAAUGAAACUAUCUUGUUAUUCCAGUUCAGGGUUUAGUGAUAAACAAUGCGAGGCAAGCUUUUGUACCAUUGGUGGUACUCUUGUUUAGUAUUGUGAUUGAGGUAUCUUUGUCUUUUAUACUGAAAACUGUGCACCUUGUUGUCACACAUAAUACUGACAACAUAUCCUUAUAGAAAAGAGAAAGGACUUAGGUGGGAUAUGAGGUAGUGUUCUAGAAACAAGCUUGGUAUAAAGAUACAAAAGAUAUUACUGGAAUUUGAGGCAGUGUGCUAUGAACAUGUUGGGUAUAAAGAUAUUACAAUAUACCAAAAUAAAUUCUGGAAACAUCCAUACUUAGUGCAAUAAAAAUUCAGUGAAAUAUCAGUUUUGGACAAAUUAGGACUUGAGUUUGAAAAGUGCUAAAAUGAUAUUACUGAUGAAAAGGACACAUUCAGUAUUCUUGAUACAAGACUACUCAUCAAGUGUUUUUAUUAACAUUAAAGUGUCUACUGUGCUUUUUGGGUCAGAAUUAUCCCAAUAGAAACAAGAUGCAUGGAAGAGAUUGAAAUCAGUAUGUAUGUAUGUAUAUGCCUUUCACAUGUCAUAAGGUAUCCCUACACAUGCUUAGUGUAAAUCAGAAAGGAAUCCAUUUACAUCUCAUUUUAAAUACGCAGUACUUUGAACCUUUUUAGCAGAUAUACAUCAACACACUGAAUUGUAAAAGGAAAAACAGCAUUUAUUUGGGCACAUGUAUUAGCAUAAAAUGAGGCACUUUUUUUCUUUUCUUUAAAAUGUCUUUAUUUGUCAAUUGUCUUUUUUUCUUAUUAUUAUUUUCUUACAGGAUUAAUGUGUGAUUCAAUUCCAGAUACAAGAUUUUUGUAUUAGAAAAGUGUUCAGACAACAUGUGUCAUUUGUACUACCACCAGAUUUAGUUCGGUUUAUAAGAGAUAUACAUGUUUGGUAUAUUUUGAAAUGCAUAUUUAUAUUACAUGCUAAUGAGUAUCUACAUGUUUUUCUAAUUAUGUUCUAUUAAUGUAAAACAUUCUUAUCACAAAAAUUAAAUUAUUACUAAGGUAGAAAACUGCUGUAAAUUAUACAUCAUGUCACAAGGAGUUUCAGAAAAGUCUAGUGUUUUACAUUUGUUGACGUAUUUAAAGAUCACUAAACAAGCCAGGAAGAAAAGGUUUUCAUUUGAUUACGCAAUCUAAUGUGAGCAUACUUUAAUAUUUAUUUGAUUUUGGUUGCAUAAUACAAGUUUAAGGUCUGCCUGUUUUCCAGUAGUUUAUGUACAUACUUAGUAUGACAUUAAAGCUGUAGGCAUAAUUGUAGACUAGUAUUCAAACCAAAUCCUUUGAGGGAUUUUAUCAAUUUAUGCUGCAUUUACAGUUAUGUAAUUGUGAGAUAUACAAAUAUUGGUGUAAUAUUAUUUCAUAAAUGUUUUUUUCUUAGUAAUUAUAUAUGUGGUAUGUUAUUAUGUUAUUGACCUAAGUUUGAUUGAUCUUUUUUUCUCUCUAACACAGGGUAAUAUGUGGGGCAAUGAACAAGUUCAGAUGGAAUGUAGAAAAAGGAAACUUGCAAUUUUUUAAUGUGUUCAACUAAUUUCUUUUUGAAGAUUUUAUAUUGAAAGUACAUAAUAUUCCUUGUAUCAAUGUGAUCGAUGAAUAUUCUUGUAUGAACUAAAGUAGAGAUUUGCAAUUUGAAGGGUUUAAAAAGAGAAUCCAUUACAUUUUGAUUAUUAUGAUUACAAUUCUGGGUGUAUGAGGUUUUAGUUUUAUGCCAUUCAGAAAUUAAAGUGAGAAUUAAUCAUUUUUAAUAUAUUUGAUUCUGAUGUUAAACAAGAACACCUUUAAAUUGAAUUAAAUUAAAUCAAAUUUAUAGAUUCCAGAUUGGUUAUGGUACCAUGGUGAUUUUUAAGUGUAAAUGAUUUUGAUGUGCAGAAUCAUCAUCAGAUAUCAAUCAGAAGGAAAGUCCAAAUGGUGGCUAUCAGAAUCCGUCAAAUGAUAAUUUGAGAAACACUUGGUAAUCUGUAAAGUAAUCACGUAUUUGUUUUGUGGUAUUGAGGUUGUAAAUAUGUAAUGCUUAUAAGAUAUUAUUUAAUAUUUACAUGGUUCAAAUUACUAAUCCAUACUGAUAUUAUCAAACAGCAUUGUUUUUUUGUUUUGUUUUGAACAAGGAAUUUAUGCUGUACAUUCAUUUGGAAGGGCUUGUGUAUGUUAAAGAUCAGAUAUUGAUGAACUACUGGUACUUCAUUUAAGUUCAAUCACUGCUGCAAAAUAACAUCGUCGUUGAAAUUUGAAUAAUUUUGUUUAGGAUGCAGUAUUCUCAUCAGCAUGCUGAAAUAUGAUGAAACAGAAUAUAGAAACAGUGUUCUGAUUACUGUGGUUCAGUAGAGUGUACACCCACUUUUAGCCAAGGUAUUGUGUAGUCGCAACAUUGUCUCCUCAUCCAUGUCUGUUUAUUGUAUGGUAAUAACGAAAUAGUCAUAUGAAUCACAUAACACAUUGAUAUAAUGUUAACACCUUAUUAUGGGUAACAUCAAGUUUUACACCUGAUGAGAUUUUCAUCAAAAGACCAGGUGAAGAGGGUCAGGUAUCAGUUGUGAUUUGGGAUGGGGAAUAUGUCUCUUUUGGUCUCUUUUAUUUUGUUUUCAUUUAGCUAUAUUCUUGUCCCAAAUAAUUUUUGUCAUGCUCUUGGCAAGGGCAGAAUUUCAAUAUGCAAAAUAACUCAGGGAUUCACAGCCUUCUUGUCCAUAAACAUCUGCAGUUGUACAUUUUUCCCAGCUCAUCUAAACCAGAACUUUAAGAAAAUGUACAGAAAUUAAUGGUAAACCAAUUACUACACAAAACAUGAUUCGAUGAUUAACAUUCAAAUAAACAUAUAUAAGCAGUAUUCUGAAUUUUUGUAGAUCAAAAAGUUCAGUAGAAUAGUUCUUAUAACACAAAGAGUAAGAAGAUAAAUGAGACAUUUGGAUGACUACAGUGUUACAUUGAUGGGGAAAAAAACCCACUUAUCUUCUACUUUUGAUGUUAUAAGAACUUUCAUUCUAUUGACAUUGCCAAGGGAAAAUAUUCUGAGACAAGGUUCUGGUAUCUGUACUUCUAUCAUUUAUCAUAGACCAUAAUUGUCUCAAACCUAAAAUAAUGACCCUCUUCUAUUGUGUCAUUGUUUCUGUGAUAUUAGUGUGUUUUAGCAAUGAUAUGGUGUCUUGAAUGAAUGUUGACAAUAUGUUUUGUAAAUUAACCCUGUUACAGAAACACACCUUGUGUUAAGUAACAUUAAUCCAGCCACUAAUAAUCCACUUAAACCACCAUCCAUUUGAGACAGAUUUUCAUUUUAACCAGUUUAAGUGUUGAUUUAGUCUCUGAUGGUUGGAUUUGCAACCAAUCUCUGUGUUGAACUGUUUAAUUAACAUGUAGAACAUGUUUGAUUUAAUCAUUUUAUGUACAUUAUGAUCAUGAAUUUAGGCUUCAGAUACUUGAAUCAUGAUUGCUGUAAUCAAGUUUUAGGUACUUCAAUCAUGAUUACUGUAAUCAGAUUUCAGGUACAUCAAUCAUGAUUACUGUAAUCAGGUUUUAGGUACUUCAGUCAUGAUUGAUGUAAUCAGGUUUUAGGUACUUCAGUCAUGAUUGAUGUAAUCAGGUUUUAGGUACUUCAGUCAUGAUUGAUGUAAUCAGGUUUUAGGUACUUCAGUCAUGAUUGAUGUAAUCAGGUUUUAGGUACUUCAGUCAUGAUUGAUGUAAUCAGGUUUUAGGUACUUCAGUCAUGAUUGAUGUAAUCAGGUUUUAGUACUUCAGUCAUGAUUACUGUAAUAAGGUUUUAGGUACUUCAAUCAUGAUUACUGUAAUCGGAUUUCAGGUAUUUGAAUCAUGAUUACUGUAAUCGGAUCUCAGGUAUUUGAAUCAUGAUUACUGUAAUCCG